AUGGCUCAAUCGUUCUUGAAAAACUACUUGGGCCUUGGACGGCCGUCGCCCACGGACGAAGAAAGUCCCAUCCGUGCUUUACCGGCUUCCUGGUACACCUCCCAGGAAAUGUACGAGCUUGAAAGACGAGCGAUUUUCUCCAGAAAAUGGCUUUUAACUACCCACAAGCUGAGACUGCUCAAUCCUGGAGACUGGCUACGAUGUGAUGUGGCGGGUUUCCAGUUCAUUCUUUGUCGAGACCGUGAUGAGAACAUCAAUGGAUUCCACAAUGUCUGCAGACACCGUGCCUUUCCAAUUGUGACCGAGGAGAAAGGGCACAAUAACAUUUUUGCUUGCAAAUAUCAUGGUUGGUCGUAUGGUCUCAACGGCAAGCUCGCGAAAGCACCGGGGUACCAUGAUCUAGAAGGAUUUGACAAAUCCAAGAACGGCCUCCUACCCAUCCAUAUCCACAUUGAUCGUAAUGGAUUUAUCUGGGUCAACUUAGACGGCGGCGAGAAGCCAGGAAUUGCCUGGAACGAUGACUUCGAAGGUGUGGACGAGCAGCCCAGAUUCGAAAAUUACAAUUUCGAUGAUUACCAAUUUGACCACACCUGGGAGAUGGAGGGGGAAUACAACUGGAAAAUUUUGGCCGAUAAUUACAACGAGUGUUAUCAUUGUCAGACUUCGCAUCCUGAUAUUCCUACAAUUGCAGACCUCAGUUCCUACUUCGUCGAGACAAAAGACGCGCAUAUUCAACAUUUCGGCAAUCCUACGCCAGAACAGAUUGCACGUGGCCUUAGGGUUGCCAGCACUUACUUUUUUCCUAAUGCCUCGUUGAACGUCUCAUUUGUGCCCAGAGGUCCCGUUAAGUCAACCAUGAAAUAUGAAGUCUAUAGGAACAAGAACUCAAGCGACGCAGACUUCGAUUUGAUUAACCAAAUUUACAAGAGAAUCAUGUCGGAGGACAAGGACCUCUGCGCUAACACGCAGAAGAAUCUCAACGCCGGGGUUUUUGUCAAUGGCGAGAUGCACCCAAGGAUGGAGAAGGGCCCUUUGUACUUUCAAAAAACGGUGCGUAACCUCGUGCAGGCCCACCACAAGCGAGAGACGGACGUCAAUCGCGAGAUUUGGCCUGCUCGACAAACUCUCCCCAGAACUGCUGCGGCCAGCGAAAAAGACAUCGCUUUUUGCUCUGCUGUGGAUUGUUGCAGAAUCGGCAAAGAGUCCAUUGUUGUGUAG